CGUAGUACAAAGAAAAAAAGAAAAACAUUUCGAGUUUAUGAUUUUGUUGACCACUACUAAAAUAAAUAUUUUUUAAUAUCAUACCUAAUCAAUAAUUAAACUAAAGUUUUUUUUGAUAAUAAAAUCUGGUGAUGUUUGUUACAUUACUUACUGUGUAUUCUAUACACACAUAUAGAAGUGAAGUGCAAAGAUAAUAAUUAUAGUAUGAACGGUUUUUAUUGCCCUUACUAAAACAAAUAAGUAGUUACUUUCUUGAACAGUACAAAACUAAGUAAGUUAAAUGUAUUGUAAUUAAAUCAACAAUGGACUCUUUAAUACGAGAAGAAUUGCCAGAAAUUACAAGCAAUGGUGCGUUUGGAAAAAAUCUCAAAUAUGAUUCGUUUGAAUUGAACAAGGAAUACGUCGGAGAGGAUCAGUACAUGUCCACGGUGUUAUUUGGUACAGUGACAACUUCUGACAAAUCACAAUAUCAGGUUGUAAUUAAAUUAAAACUUCGAGAUGAGGAGCUGAGAGUUAAGUUAAAAAUCGAUUACCAAUUUCACAACGAAAUUAUAAUGUAUGAAAAAAUUAUACCAUUUCUAUUUGAAUGUCACCGAUCAUUAAAAGGAAUCGAAGACUGGCCAUCAUUACCUCGAUUUUUUUAUGGUAGUAAUAAAUGUGGCGAGUACUCUGAAAAAGAUUUAAUAAUGUUAGAGAACGUUAAACCUCUGGGAUACCAAUUGAGCAAAGAACGGCUAUUCAUUGACUAUGAUCAUCUUGUAUUUGCAUUACGAGCAUUAGCAAAGUUUCAUGGGUUAUCCUACACAGCAAAAUACAAAGAUCCUAACCAUUUUCAAAGAGUCAUCAUGGAUCUCCGUGAUACACAGUUUGAUAAAGAUGGGCAACGGUUAUUUAAAAAUGACGCGUUUAUAAGAUUAGGUAAGCGAGGUGUCGAUCGUCUGCUUGAACGUAGUGGUGACAUUUAUCGUGACAAUGAGCAUUUGCAACGUUUUAACCAGCUCUUAGACGAUGGAGACAACACAAUAAGACGUGUGCUCUAUCCCCGAGAACCAUUUUCUAUUGUGUGCCAUGGGGAUUUCAACCGGAACAAUGUAAUGUUUCUUUACGACGAGACCGGUCUCCCAGUCGACGUGCUGCUGUUCGACUUUGGUACUCCUCGUUACGGGUCGCCGGCUUUAGAUAUUUCGUUUUUCUUGUACAUGAACACGACGCAAAAUAUGCGUGAAAGUCAUUGGGACGACUUAUUGAAUGAAUACUGUUCAACUUUGGUGAAGUCUGUACCUUCGAGAGUCCGCGUGCCAAGCAGGACUGAAAUAGACUCCGAGAUUGCUAUUUGUGCCUUUCGUGAGUUUUCAAACGUGUCAUUUUUCUUACCUCAUCAGAUGGAAACUGAUUUAAAUUAUAAUGAAGAAAUGAAUGAAGAAGAAACUAUUGAGUGGUUAUUACAGCUGGGUGGCGACAAUGCAACAGAUCGAGUGGCUGAUAUAAUCCAACACAUCGUUGACAUGAAAUACACAAACGUGUGACAUGGUUAUCGGAUUUACGAAAAAUUAAUUGGUAUACUGUUCGGUAGUAUUAAUUAUUUUGGUUGAAAAUUAUUACGUUAAUUCUAUUAGUAUUUGUUUAUUUUUGAUUGUUUAAGAAUUUUAAAUAAUAUUAUUAAUAUUCAUGUUGUAUUAUAUAUAAAUACCUUACAUGUUUAUGCCAUCUAUUUAACUUUGU